AUGAGACCAGGAGAGGACUUGAUAAACUUGGUUCUAAAAGCAUUAGACAUCCGUGAAGGCGCUUUCUUUGGCUUAACUUUUAAAAGUUUUCAAAAGUCCGAUCAAUGGGUUCGAUUGCGACCCAAGUUGGCUGAUCAAGGUAUUCCGCGUGAUAAAGUGGCCAAUUUUAAAUUUUCCGUUCGAAUUUUCCCAUCACCCGUUGAAGAAUUUCUAUUGCAAGCUUCUUCUCGCCAUUUUAUUUUCUUGGCUUGCAAAGCUAAAAUCAUGAGCGGUGAAUUAGACUGCCCAGCUGACGUAUGUGCUUUAUUAGCUGGAUUUGAUGCACAAGCAGAGUUUGGAGAUUUCAAGGCUGAGGAGCACCAAACCUUUUUCUUGUCAAGCAAAGGACCAUUUAUGCCCAGUAGUGCCGUUCAAAAGCAUCAACUAUCCUCGGAGCAAUGGGAAAGCAAAGUUUUCAAUUGGUGGCGUGAUAAUCGAGGACUUUCAAAAAUUGAAGCUGAGCAAGAAUACUUGAAAGUAGUUCAAAAAUUAGAAACCUAUGGUGUCUAUUACUUUGAUGCUAUGAAUAAGACCGGCAGUCCUGUGGUUUGCGGAAUAACUUUCGAUGGACUCAACAUUUACAAACAAGACAAUAAAAGUAGACCCCAUCUUACAUUCAAAUGGAACGAGACUAACUACGUUAAAAAGAAGAACGGAAAGGUAGAUUAA